AAGAGUGUUUAUUUUUCUUUAUAUUUCAUCAUCUUUCCUCUAGCUAGAGUCUCAAUUAAUCAUCAAAUAUGGCUUCAUCAAAUAGACACUGGCCUAGCAUGUUUAAGUCCAAACCUUGCAAUUCUCAUCACCAUCAAUGGCAACAUGACAUCAACUCUUCUCUUAUUCAACAAAGACCCCCAUGCAAUCCAGAAGAACGAAGUCCUGAGCCAAAACCAAGAUGGAAUCCAAGGCCAGAGCAAAUUCGGAUACUGGAAGCAAUUUUCAAUUCAGGAAUGGUGAAUCCUCCGAGGGAUGAGAUAAGGAAAAUCCGAGGUAAACUUCAAGAAUAUGGACAAGUUGGUGAUGCUAAUGUGUUUUACUGGUUUCAAAACAGGAAAUCAAGAAGCAAACACAAACAGCGUCACUUACAAGCUAAAGCUCAACAACAACAAAAUAAUUCUUCUCAUCAACCUAUUAUUACUUCAUCUUCAUCAUCUUCUGAUAAAUCCUCACCGAAUUCAUUGUCUUUCUCAAUUGGUUCGUCGAAUGUGAUGGACUUACUGAAUUCUCCUACUUCUUCAGUGAACCAACAAAACUAUAACGAGUUCUUGUCUAAUGAACAACCUUUAUUUUUCACGGUUCAACCACCACCACCAGUGCCAAAUCAUGAUCAUUCUGCGUUGACACAAGGGUUUUGCUUCCCUGAUUCAACUAGCUUUUCUCACUCUUCUUCUUCUUCGUCUUCUGGACUUUUUCUCAGUGAAUGGAUGGGGAUAAGUCAAACACCUAAUAGUUCAAAGAAAGUUGAAAAUGAGAAAAUGAAUUUACAGUCACAGCUCAUGAGUUACACUGUUACUUCAACUGUUUCUCCUCUUGCUACUUCCACUAUUCCAACCAUCGGUCACAUUCAAGGGGUUGCCGUGGACCCAAAUAAUGUGGGUCCCACGAAAUCGACCGUGUUUAUCAAUGACGUUGCUUUUGAGGUUGGGAUAGGACCGUUCAACGUGAGGGAAGUGUUCGGUGAAGAUGCAGUGCUCAUUCAUUCAUCUGGUGAACCGCUCAUUACUAAUGAAUGGGGUAUCACCAUUCAGCCACUGCAGCAUGGUGCAUUCUACUACUUGCUUCGCACGUCAAGUAUUCCAUCCACUCAUCAUAUGUAACGAAGACAUAAUUGAUUUGAUUUGUUGAUGUUGAAGAAGAAAUGGGUAACUAUGCCAGUUUGCUGUUGUGUUUUGUUUCAUUGUCUCCUUGAAGAAAACAAGAAGGAGGGCUUUUAAUUAAUUAGUUACUUUUAAUUUGGAAUAGUGUUAGUAAUUAAUUAGUACUAGUAUGUUACUUGA